AUGUGGUUCGCUCAGAUCCUCCUUACUGCCGCUAUUGCGGUGCCUGCUAUUGCCACCAAAACUCCAAAGUGCACUCCAUUUCCCUCGUCCAUGAUCGAGUACUCAUCCGGCUUCAAGCAGCCAAAGCCGCCUUUGGUGCAGCCUGAGUUCACGACAAACUUUGUCCAGCAUAAGUGGGACGAGACGCUGUCUCACAUUAUGACUGGAUACAUUGACAAUUCUCCCGCCAAGGGCCUUGUUCGCGUGAAUGAGGCGUACGACGAUGCUCCAGCCUCAUCAAUCUUCAACUACGCGAACGUCACCAAAGAUGGUCUGGUGGAUAAUUUGAUGACAAUCUACAACGGGACGAAGCCAUACGUGUGGCAAGGCUAUGUUAACUCUAAUUAUCCUAUCUUUGAGAAGGAUUUCCUCGUCAAGAACGAGGCUGUCUUCGGCGGCCUCGUUACAAGGCAGUUUACGGACGGCUAUGUGGCAUCUUGGGACAUUAUGUAUCAGGGAGUAAUUCCGGUGACCAUCUACGUCAACACUUGCAACGAAAUUGUUGGCUACGACUAUUUCUCGCCUGGCAGGCGCACACGUGUUGUCACCGACUUCUUCAAUAUCCAGAUCAGCUAA